AUGCAUCCAGCGUGGCUUCGUUGUUUCGGCCUGCUCUUGUUGGUAUUGAGCUGCUGCGAGGCGGCACCAUCGAAAGAGAAGGAGGAGCAGCUGGUGCGCGUUUAUCCCAUCAACGAGGAGCAGUACGAAAGUCUGCUAAAGCUCACCGAGGGCAAGAAUGUUAUAUCCGAGGCGCGUCUAACCAGCGCCGGAUUCACCGCAGUGCGCAACACUCUCGGCUCCGGCUGGCAUUCCCUGCUGCGCAUCAUGGGCUUCACGGCAACUCGUGCGGAGCAAACGAAGAUCGACAUCGACGGGCAGCCCUUGUGCGUCAUGAAGCGCAGUGUCGACGAUGCUGAGGUGGAUCAAACAAAACCGCGUGACCUGGAAGGCAAAUCAGCAAGCGAUGAAGAUUCGGUAAUCAACUGCAUCGUGGUGCUCAAGCGAGAUCCUGCUUUGGAGUCGCUCAGCUCUAGCAAUCCAGACUUUGCGCCCUAUUGGUAUACUGCAAACAGCGCAGCGCAGCCAGUGCAGCCAGUGCAGCCAGUGCAGCUGACGCCACAAGUCAACUCCGAGCCGCAAGCAGCUGAGCUAAUGGCUAAGCAGCCAGCGGCACCUGAGACGGAACAGCUGGAGCAGCAGCUGGAACCAAGCUCGGCCGCUGUAACUGCGCCACAGGCAACCAAGAAGCGCAGCAAAUCCAAAAAAUCCAGGCAAGGCACGCGCUCGUCACUCGCCUCGAGUGCUGCGCGUCAAUAUGGACCACCACUGCCGCCACCACCACCACCACUACCACCACCACCACCAGCACCAUAUGGCAGUCCCUACGGCGGUGCCUAUCCCUAUGGCGGCUACACUCAGACUCCUUACAGCCAAUACAAUCCCUAUGCGCCCUACGGCCAGCAGCCGCCCUCAUCUACAGAGCAAGCUCCACUCAGCAUUUUCAAAUAA